CCUACUUUGAGCUUUCCAGAUAUUAGAUCUCUAUGUAUUAUAUAAUCUUACUAUUAAUUAUUAAACUAGUCUGCAAUUUAGAGAUCAAAUAUCUUCCUCUUCUCAGUUCUUCAAGAACUUACUGAUUUAUAACUUGUAUCAUUGUAUAGGUAUUCAUGUGAACUGUUGUGAUUGAGAGUAUUGCCGUCUGUUAGCUUUAUUUUUAUAAACGUGAUUUAGAGAUUUUUCUCUAAACCCUUAUCAAGUUCAAGAUCAGUAAACACCUUUUGUUUUCAUGACGUGAUCAGUAGUAAACAUGUGUUGAAUAUGGAAGUGGUUGAGAUGAGCAAGAAGAGGAAAUUUCAGACAGAUCAAUCGGAGUUAUCAUUAUUACCUCUGUCGAAGCAUGCUUGUUUUGACAAUGCCGCUUCUUCCGACAGUAUUAAUGGGAGAUCCGAGCUUAAUUCAGAAUAUUCAGUGUCUUGUGUGAACUCGACUUCUAUGGAAUGUGAAGAUGAGGUGGAGAUGAAAGAGGAAUCAUCUGGAUCGUGCAGUGAAGACAAGAUGAUCUCUUUCGAAAGCCAUCUCGAUAUCAUCUAUGGCGGCGAAAACCUAGAGGAUUUUUCAGACAAAGACAUUGAAAAUAUUAUCUAUCUUGAUGAAGAAGAAGAAGAAGUAGGAGAAGAAGAAGCUAAAGGAUGUAGUAACACUGCUAAAUUUGUUCUGUCCUCUGGGAGAUGGACUGUUGACCAAGAUUCUACUCAGCAUGGCACAAAGAAGCCUACGAUCGAUCAAGAAUUCGAGCAAUACUUCUCAACGCUAAUGCUGUGACAAAAUGAUUUUAGACUCAAAAACUUAAGUGAAGAUGUGUACAGAGAGCUAUUUUGAUUAUGUAGUCUCUUGUCAUUUUGAUUCUUGUGAACAAUAAAACCUUCAUUUCAAAGUGAUUAGAGAGGUUUUUUGAAAUGUUUGUAAACAGGAUACAGAUAAUAGUAAGAACAUAAAAACACUGUUGUAUCA